UGCAGAGAUCAGUAGUCUGCCAUGACUGCAGUGCUGCUUGUGAAAUGGAAUUAAGAGAAAACAAGGCUGAUCACACACCAAGCAAAGCAGAAAUGGAAGGUUUUAGGACUAGUGCUCACUGCUUCCUUCUGCUAAACUAAUAUAUUGCUCCUCAGACUAACGUACUGAUCUCUGUUGCUAAACAAACCAGCCUGUAUCACCACUCAGCAGCCAUCUCUUCCUGCCUAGCAUGUGUUCUGUGGCACAGAGGGACUUUGGAGGAAAGCAGAGCUUGCUCCUCAGGAGAUGAGGAUGUUGGCAAUAGGCAGGAGCUGCACGUGUGUCUUGUGUAGGGGAUGGAUGUCCUCUGUGCGCCUUCCAGGGGGGUGUAUAGGAUCCUUUGUACUUCUGUGACUACCAGAAUUUGUAGCUUUGAACCCGCAUACGAGUCCUUAUGCUGUGAUGAAGGUGUGAGCUGGCCCAGGCUGUAACGGCCAAGCAGCACUGGGCCUGGCUGCAGUGCCUGCAGGCCUCACCUGUCCUCUGGUAUGCUGCCACUGCUGCACAGCAGGUCUGCUGUUCUGUGUCUGUUCAUUUCUUGUUUCUGAGCGCUCUCACCGUGUCUCUUGGCUGGUCUCUGGAGUGUACUGCUCUCAAUCAGGGGGCACUUCUCAGAAUUGAGGAGUUGGAACUGAGAUUUGACAGAAGUGAGGCCCAUUUGGAGCUGCUUUGGACGCCUCUGCAAGGGAAAUGGAGUUAAUGGGAAUGAAAAAUGAUGGGAAUGAAAAAGAAGAGUUUGCUAGGACUCAAAGAAAAUAAUAAAAAAUCCAGCACUAGGGCUCCCUCACCAACCAAACGCAAGGAUAGGUCUGAAGAGAAAUCAAAGGACCGAUCCAAGGACAAAGCAGCCACUAAGGAAUCUGGUGAAAAGGAUCGCGGUCGGGACAAGACGCGCAAAAGGCGCAGUGCUUCCAGUGGGAGUAGCAGCACCAGGUCCCGCUCCAGCUCCACUUCCAGCUCAGGAUCCAGUUCCAGCACUGGUUCCAGCAGUGGCUCCAGCUCCUCUUCGGCCUCAAGCCGCUCUGGGAGCUCCAGCACCUCACGCAGCUCCAGUUCCAGCAGCUCCUCUGGAUCCCCCAGCCCGUCCCGACGGAGGCAUGACAACAGGAGGCGGUCCCGCUCCAAAUCCAAGCCACCCAAGAGAGAUGAAAAGGAGCGGAAGCGGCGCAGCCCAUCGCCCAGACCUACAAAAGUGCACGUUGGGAGGCUCACUAGAAAUGUCACCAAGGAUCACAUCAUGGAAAUUUUUUCCACUUAUGGAAAGAUUAAAAUGAUUGACAUGCCAGUUGACAGGCUAAAUCCACACCUCUCUAAAGGCUACGCUUACGUGGAGUUUGAGAACCCAGAUGAUGCUGAGAAAGCCCUGAAACACAUGGAUGGAGGGCAGAUCGAUGGGCAGGAGAUCACUGCCACGGCCGUGCUGGCGCCACGACCCAGGCCGCCUCCUCGGCGCUUCAGCCCACCCAGGAGGAUGCUGCCACCACCACCGAUGUGGCGUAGGUCACCCCCUCGGAUGAGGAGAAGGUCCCGCUCUCCGAGGCGCAGAUCUCCUGUCCGCCGGCGCUCGCGGUCGAGGUCUCCCGGACGAAGGCGCCAUCGCAGCCGCUCCAGCUCCAACUCUUCACGAUAAAGCAAAAAGAAUGGACAGCUUUUUAUUUUUUAACUUAAAUUCCAUGAAAAUAAAUAUUGUACCUUUUUUUAUAAUGGGUCUAGGUGAGGAAGGGAGAGAGGGGGGAGAGAGGAUCCUGGCAGUGAGGGUAAUCCAAGAGGAGGCAGCAGCAGUUCCUGGCCAUUAGUCAGCCUCUGCUGUGGGGCUCCUGGUUUCCUGGCAUUUAAUUGACAUUAUUGAAAAAUGGCUGUGAUGAUUUUUUUUUUUUUUUAAAUUUUUUUUUUAAUGCUAUAAAACCAACAUCUGUCCUGGAUCGAUGUUAUGGCUUUCUCCAGUUAGCAGACUGCUGCUUAAUGAUUUCUAAGUGCUUAGCAUGCUGUACAGAUGAGCAUGUAAAUCUUGAGCUAUUUUGGAAAUGCUGCAUAAUAGGGCAGGGAGGCAGUGAACCCAAUUGCUGGGAUUGUCAGAGCGGCUGGAGUCCGGAUUACAAAAUCUGUCUGAGACUUAAUGAGCUGUUUGCUUUAUUCCCAUUCCCAAACUAUGAUUAGUUUCUGCAUAUUGACCUUCUGUAAUGCAUAUACCACUUGAACGCUGCAGAGACAGCAGCCCGGCCUGCUGAAUACUGUGCUUUAGAAAAGAAGCUGGAAAUGUUAAUAACGGGUUUGUAGCUGCUGCCCUGGUUGAUUCCUUCCACCUUUUCUUAAAGAUUUUGGUAAGUUUCCUAUUCAGUUCCUUAAGGAAAUGAUGCAAGUGCUUCUGCUUUUACAAAUCUCCAGUUAGCAACCAAUCGUCAACCCCUGCAAGGAAACUGCGAGGCAGAGCGAGGCUGGGGGCUGUGCUGCUGCCUGGGGAAAGGCAAAGAACCACCUGUUGUACAGUCAAUACUAUAAAGUUUUGUUGUUUUUUUUCAUUAUUUUUGUGUCGUUUUGUAUCACUUUGUAGCCUUUGGGGCCACGUUGUGUUUGUACUUGUAUAGGACGAGCGACUGAUAAUAAAGCAGUAGAGGUGAGAA